GCGGGGCGACGGGCAUCGGGCCCCCAGGAGGGGCGACGGGCGCCGGGCCCCCAGGCGGAGCGGCGGGCGCCGGGCCCCCAGGCGGAGCGGCGGGCCCCCAGGCGGAGCAACAGGUCUCGGGCCCCCAGGCGGAGAGGCGGGCACCGAGUCACCAGGCACGACAACUGCGGGCACCGAGUCGUCUGGCAAGACUGCGGGCACCGAGUCAACUGGCGGAACAGCGGGCUUCGAGUCGUCUGGCAAGACUGCGGGCACCGAGUCGUCUGGCAAGACUGCGGGCACCGAGUCGUCUGGCAAGACUGCGGGCACCGAGUC